GACGUUGCAGUUCGCGUACGAAAACGUAGCUUUUACAUCUUUGCAGUCAUCGCCAACUCUUCUUAUCUUCUUUUGCUCUGCUUCUUCCUGUGGUUGGUCAUUUGUUGUUUCGCAUCCGUCGGAAAAAUGCUGCGCCGCACGAUCUUCGCCGCGCAGCGGAAGAUUGAGAAGCUUAUGGUAGCGAAUCGCGGCGAGAUCGCCUGCCGCGUAUUUCGCACGUGUCGCCAAAUGCACAUCCGCACGGUAGCGUUGUUCUGCGAGGCGGAGCACAACGCCAAGCACGUCGUCGAGGCCGACGAAGCCGUCUGCAUCGGUCCUCCACCAGCGAUUAACUCGUACCUGCGCGGUGACCGCGUCAUCGAGGUAGCGAAGAAGUUGAACGUGGACGCCAUUCACCCCGGCUACGGCUUUCUGUCGGAGAACGCGGAGUUUGCAGAGGCUGUCGCGAAGUCUGGCAUCGAGUUCAUCGGACCUCCGGCGUCCGCCAUUACAGCCAUGGGAUCCAAGAGCGAGAGCAAGCGCAUCAUGGAGGCCGCUGGAGUGCCGGUGGUGCCGGGGUACUACGGCACCAACCAGGAUCCACAUUUUCUGUCCCAGGAGGCGAGCAAGGUCGGGUACCCCGUGCUCAUCAAGGCUGUCUCGGGCGGUGGUGGCAAGGGAAUGAAGAUUGUGGAGCGCGCGGAGGACUUUGCCUUCAUGUUAGAGAGCGCCAAGCGCGAGGCGACGAACUUUUUCAAGGACGAUCGCGUCCUCCUGGAACGUUACGUGAAGCGUCCGCGCCACAUUGAGUGUCAGAUUUUCUGCGACAAGGAGGGAAGGGGCGUGUUCUUCUUUGAGCGCGACUGCAGCGUGCAGCGCCGGUACCAGAAGGUGCUUGAGGAGGCGCCGGCGCCGUACCUGUCCGCUGAGACCCGCCAGCGCAUUGGCGAGGUAGCGCUGCAGGCCGCGAAAGCCGUGGACUACGUCGGCGCUGGCACGGUCGAGUUCAUAUUAGACACGACCACAGGAGACUUCUACUUCAUGGAGAUGAACACGCGACUCCAGGUGGAGCAUCCCGUGACGGAGGAAGUGUGCCGCGUCAAGGGAAAUCCGCUGGACCUGGUGAAGCUGCAGAUCAAGACGGCGAUGGGGAGGCCCUUAACGUUCUCCCAAGAAGACAUCACUUUGGAAGGCUCCUGCAUCGAGGCACGCGUGUAUGCCGAGUCGCCCGAAAAGGGCUUCCUGCCCGAAAGCGGCCCGCUCACAUUCAUCGGCGAGCCUUUCCAAGGUCUGCGCGGGUCGACGCGCACUCGGCUGGACACCGGCUUCCGCCAAGGCGAUGAGGUGCUGAUUCACUACGACCCCAUGCUGGCGAAGUUGAUCGUUUGGGGCCGCGAUCGCCAGGAGGCGCUCAAGGGACUACAGGAGGCCCUCGACGAGUACAGGGUCGCCGGCAUCAACACGAAUAUCGAAUUCCUCAAGCGCUGUUGCGAGACGCCGGAGUUCGCCAAGGGCGGUGUGACCACAAACUUCAUCAGUGAGCACGAGAAGGAGCUGCUCACGGCGCCGGCGGUGACGCCCGACGUGGCGGCCAUGGCGGCCACCGCGUGCCUCCUCCACCGGUGCGACAACUGGCGCGGGGCGUUCCGACUGAACGGCGACACGACGGCCACCGUGCAUUUCUCCGUUGGUGAAAAAAUCGUGGAGGUGCUGUUGCACACGGAGAGAGCGAACUACCACAAGAUCUACUACAACGUCGACGGUCAAACAGGCUCCUUCUCUGUUGGCUCUGGUCCAGCUACCGCGAAGCACCGCGACGUGAAGGGCCUCGUGAACGACUUCACAUUUCUGUUCGAGGACGGCAUCCGCCACACCGUUCUGGCUGUUGUGACGGAGCGCGAUGUCACCGUCAUCGGCAGCUUCGGUUUGCACAAAAUUCGAUUUCCUCCUCUGGCAGACGGCUUUGGCGACGCCUCGGCGGCGGGAAAUGCCUCCGCGAAGAUGAUCAGCCCCAUGCCCGGUAAGGUGACGAAGUUCGCCGUGGGAAACGGCGACAUGGUUGAGAAGGGCCAAGUCAUUAUGAUCUUGGAAGCCAUGAAGAUGGAGCACCCUAUCAAGGCCUUGAAGGGCGGGAGGGUGUCGUUCUUUGUGAACGAAGGAGAGAUGGUAGGCGGAGACCACCCGUUGGCUUCCGUCUCGGAGGCCUCGUAA